AUGGCUGAUCACCACCAUACCAUUUCAGGUCUGGUUGGGAAACUAGUGACUGAAUUGGAGGUUAACUGCAACCCUAACGAAUAUUACAAAAUUUUCAAGCACCACGAAGACCUUCCAAACGCAAUACCUCAUAUUUACAGAUGCGUCAAAGCUGUUGAGGGAGGCGAUAUUACUUCUGAGGGUAAACCACUUUCUUUCAAGGAGAGAAGUACAUAUGACGAUGAAUCAAGGACGAUACAUCACAGUACAGUAGAAGAAGUAUUGUUGGAUGAUUACAAGAAGUUCGACGCAACACUUGUGGUUAAUCCAAAGGCUAACAGAAAUGGAAGCAUCGUAAGUUGGAUAGUGGAAUAUGAGAUGAUUAAUGAGGAUUCUCCGGUUCCUAUUUCUUAUCUAGCUGACUUCCAUAAUAUCAUCGAAGACUUGAACAUUCACCUCUGCGCUUCUGACUGA